AUGCGGCUUGGGCUGUGUGUGGUGGCCCUGGUUCUGAGCUGGACACACCUGGGCAUCGGCAGCCGUGGUAUCAAGGGGAAGAGGCAGAGGCGGAUCAGUUCUGAGGGAAGCCAGACCUGCUCCAAGGGCUGUGAGCUCUGCUCAGAGGUCAACGGCUGUCUCAAGUGCUCGCCCAAGCUGUUCAUCCUGCUGGAGAGGAACGACAUCCGCCAGGUGGGCGUCUGCCUGCCAUCCUGCCCUCCUGGAUUCUUCGACGCCCGCAACCCCGACAUGAACAAGUGCAUAAAAUGCAAGAUUGAGCACUGUGAGGCCUGCUUCAGCCACAACUUCUGCACCAAGUGUAAGGACGGCUUGUACUUGCACAAGGGCCGCUGCUACCCAGUGUGUCCCAAGGGCUUCUCAGCUGCCAACGGCACCAUGGAGUGCAGCAGUCCUGCACAAUGUGAAAUGAGUGAGUGGUCCCCGUGGGGGCUCUGCUCCAAGAAGAACAAGUUCUGUGGUUUCCGGAGGGGCUUCCAGGAGCGGACACGCAGGGUGCUCCAUGGCACUGGGGGGGACCAGGCCCCCUGCACCGACACCCAGGAGACCCGGAGGUGCACAGUGCAGAGGAUACCAUGUCCUGAGGGGCAGAAGAGGAGGAAGGGCAGCCAGGGCCGGCAGGAGAAUGUCAACAAGAACCCUGCCAGGAAGGAGAGCAAGGAGCCAGGCACUGGCUCUCGGAGACGCAAGGGGCAGCAACAACAGCAGCAGCAAGGGACGGUGGGGCCGCUCAUAUCUACGGGGACUACCUAG